CAUUCGUGAAUCGUGAUUUGCUGGAAAUUUUCAAGACAUUUUUUAUCAUUCUUUGUAUUCCUGUGACUGUAUAUUGAUUUUCACGUGAGAUUUCCAAAGCAAAUGUUUUGACAGUUCAUGUGUACAUUGUAUACCACCAGGGGCUAUGCCAGUGAAGCAGUUUGUCAAUCAAUAAACAAGCAGUGCAUGCCUGUCACAUAGAGGCCUACCUACUGGAGGGCCUUUGUCAUUGCUGAGGGUAGAUGCAUAUUUACUAGGAGAAGGAAAAUAGCUAAGAACGAUGGAUUUUGAUAGACUCAACCAUGAUAGGGCUCGGACAGCACCUGGGGUCUCGCCCUCCAAAUCUCCACGUCUCCCCCCUGCACCGCUAUCUCGGCCAGGCACCAGCAGCAGCCAGCUGAGGCCGAAAAAUCUUCCCAUCAUAGAACACCCGCUCUCUCGACUUGGGGACAGGAAAAGUUUGAAUAUCAAUGGAUUGGCGAGUCGCUUGGGACAUGAUGAUGAGUUCUAUUUUGGGGGGCGCGGUGCAUCAUCACCGGAGUUACCACCUGUUGGGAGGAGGAUGUACCAAUCUGUUGAUGGACUUGACUGGACGUUAGACUCAUCACGAUCAGAAAGAAAAUUCAAGAAAUAUGAUACGAUUGAGAACCAAGCGAGCUCAAGAUAUGGACCAGAGAUGCUUGAAGCCCUUAUAAGAGAGAAACUCAUUGGGGGUACCCAUGGAUUAAAACAUUUAUUCAUGACUUAUGAUCCCAGUGGAGAGGGGAUCGUCACCAGAGAAGCCCUUUUGAGGAUCUUAUCAUCAAUGUGUGGCUAUAUCACUCCAGAACAACUCAGUAAACUCUUAAGAAACAUGGGUUGCCAAGGUGCUGAGAAGAUUCCAUUUGAGAGGUUCAUCAACUAUUUUACCCAUAGUGGGCCGUCACAACAUCAGUGGAUAACGCCAGUGGUGAGCAUGGACUUACAAACGAUCGGCCGGCCAGACGCAAGCGGCCGUUUUCAAUGUCAAGAAGACCAUUAUCUUUCGGCUGGAUUCUCGAAUAACAUCAUCAAACAGAAUCUACAGAGUGGUACGUUCGACGUUCACAGGCUGUUUCCGCCAUCUUGUUUUGCCCCCGACGGUCUUAUCCUUCCUCCGUUUCUAAAAGAGGCCAUACAGAAAAUGGGUAUGCGAAUGACUGAAGAGGAAUUCCAAAAACUUUGGGAUAGGUUUGAUCUCAACGCCACUGGUGCUAUCAGUAUGCAGACAUUCUUCAAAAUGGUUGGCCUUGACCCUCAAGGUCACUCACGGACAAUACAUCAGCGAGGUCGCUACAAGGAGGUGUCUUUACGAAGACAACGACAUCAGAUUCCAACAGCGCCACCUGAAGAGCAAGCAGAGUCAGAAACUGGUGACAAAGUCGUGGAAAAUGGUGUGGAGGAUCCUGGGAAGGCAUCACCGGAUAAUGCAGCGCCCUCUCCACAGAAACUUGUGGAUGAAAAGGAGGUUGCAUUCGAACGAAAGAAAAUGGCCAUGAAACAGAAAGCACUCAGUGUGAAGCCGAAAUUUGAAUGUGUGAUGGACAUGCUUCAUUAUCGGUUUGAAGAAGUCUACAUGGCAAUGCUGAAGACGUUUGAGCUAUUUGAUGAGCAGAAGGACGGCUAUCUCUGCCGUGGAGAUUUCAGGAAAGUGUUGAGGGAAUUUGGCUUUCCAAUAUCAGCAAUGGAUUUGGAGGGAUUUAUGGCCAAAAUGGCUCUCCGCUCAGUACAGGGUAUGGUCAACUACAAAAACUUCCUGUGGAAAUUUCAAAAUCGUGCCAACACAGGUCUAGUGAAUCGGGUGGUGAGCACCGAGGAUCACGUAUUCCAGAAGCAGACGUUACCCCCCAUGGAGGAGAACAUCCCCAUUGACCAAUUAGAGGCAAGAUUAGUCGAGUGCUUCCACAAAGACUUCCUCAAGUUGCUCAGUCACUUUCGAAAAGCAGAUAACUAUGACUUGGGCGUCGUUAAACAAUACGAAUUCAGAAAUGGCGUGGAGAAAGUCUUGAACUUGAAGAUGACAGACAAACAAUGGCAUGAGUUGUUACAAGCGGCCAAACCAGAUGGUGAUGGUCUCGUCAACUAUAACUCUUUCUUGGAAAUAUUCAAUUUACAGCCUGGCACAUGGAACCGCAAGCUCGAAAAUGGCUACUGGCUGACGAAGGUUGAGUGCCCAGUGGCUCCACCAGAGCUGAAGAGGCUGAAAGAGGCACAGGAGGAGUUCAGGAAGGUACAGGAAGACUUGGAAAGGAAGAAGGAACAAGAGAAUAACAUACUGGAAGAAAGGAUGACAGAUGCUAAUGCAGAAGGUGGGGAGGCUGGUCAGAAGAGGAAACAGCCAGUUAGGCCAUUAGAAGAGUUGUAUAACAUUUUGGAAGAUGUGUUCCGGGAUAGGUUUCACAGCAUUGACAAGGCUUUCAAGAGAUUAGACAGACGGUACACAGGCCGGAUUGACAAGGAACAGUUCAGGAAAAUACUCUUAGAAUGCCAAGUUGACUUGUCACAAGAUGAAAUGGAGGAGAUCUGGGUGUCGUUGAAGCUUGCUAAAGAUGGCAUGUACAGCUACAGAACUCUCAUCUAUCAGUUCAUGACGAAAGCCAAACAGCGGGGACCACCGCCAAUCAAGGGAAAACUGCCAAUGGAUUAUGAUCCAUAUCUUAGAUUCACACGAGAGAGUACAAAGGAAGUGAUAGAAGACAUGAAGAAGAAAACAAUCGAGAAGAAGGAAGAGGAGAUGAAGGCAGCGGAGGACGCCAAGAAUGAGAAGGAGGUGCAACAACCCCAGAAGAAAACUGACCCGGUCUUGGAGAAGAUACGCAAAGAUGUGGUGAGGAACUGGGAUCGCUUGAAAGCUGUCUUCCGAUUACUUGAUAAAGAUGGUUAUGCGACGAUCAUGCAGGGUGAUCUUGACGACAUCUAUAAGCUGUUGCACCUGCGGGUAUCAACAGAGGACCAGGAACAUAUUAAUACUCAUUUCUGCAAAAGGGGGAGGUUUCACUACAUUCCCUUCAUGCAGUAUUACACAGAUGCACCACCAGCCCAGGCUCCAAUGGCAAGACGCGCACACUACACGACGUAUAACAAGAUGUCACACAAGUUAGAGAAGAAGCUUGAGUCGGACAGAGGGAUAGUCUGGGAUAUAAUUCAGCAAAUAAGACAAGAGCUCCUGAAAGAAUGGAAGAAUGUCAGAAGAGCUUUCCGUAAACUGGACCCCAGCCGACAUGGUUACCUGGAUGCGAGUGAUUUCAAACACGUUCUAAGUGCCUGCAAGAUCAGCGUGAGUGAUGAGGACUUGUUUCAAAUCAUGUGCGAAUUCGACACGAAGAUGAACGGGAAAAUUUCAUAUGAGGACUUCCUGGCUCAGAUCUUGUCCACUUAUUGAGAGACUUGGAACUGAUUUGGAUAACUUUUUGUUGUGGUUCACCGAAGUUCUAGUACAGAACAUAAGAUAGCUCGAUGAACUUGCAUAAGUGUUCUCUGAUUGUUGUAAAGAGAAGCAUGUAAUGCCAGUGCCAGUCAGUUUUUGGGUAAUAGUACAUGGUAUUGGGUGAUAUGAAUAAAGACUAGCGAAUGCUUUUAUCUAAAUCUCCAUGUACAUUUACACUAGGCCUUUCUGUACAAAACCGGAGUAAAAGCAUUUGCUAGUCUUUAUUCAUAUCACCCAUUAUCUGUAUCCCUGUAUGCUGAUUAUAGUAGGCCUAAGAGACACCAUGCUUGUGAAAUUUUGGAGGUUUGUACUAGCAGACUGUGAUAUUUAUGUACUGUGUUCACUCAGUUAGAUGAGCUAGGUAACACUCCUAGUUCUUAUCAAAGUUGAGGGGUGAUGCUCUUUUUCGGGACAUGGAGAUGAGCUGAAAAUAGCUGUUGGGAAUCGGGAUAUUCGGCGUCAUUCUCACAGCAUUGGCAGACUUAAUUGAACGGACACUGUACUUUUGUGAAGAUGCACUGUAUAUUCAUGUCCACCUAGCUAUACAUAGGAGUAGUACUGUCUAGCGCAAAUGUGUUAUCUCUUCAACAACGUGUCUUAUACAUUUUUUGAAAAUAAUGUAAAGAUUUCCCUCUUAGAUCCAAUUCAUAUCAUACACCCAAGCAAUGUUCAGUUCACCCAAGCUAAUCUUUAUACCAGUCCAAAUGAAGAUAUAGAAAGAUAGACGCACCAAACACAUGUAACCAUAAACAAGACUUAUAUUGUAAAUUAUUAAAGAAGACCUAUUUUUAAU